UGGAGGAAAAGUGCAAUUUUUCCGUGGAUUUUAGUGAAUUUUAGUCGCGCAGCAGCACCGCAAUCACGGGAAUAAAAUACCUCAUCCCAUCGCCGAUGCCCAGCUGCUGCUGCAUCUACGGAAAUAACCGCAAAGUUGUGCACCACUGCCGGAAGAAUCCCCACCCGUCGGGAAACGAAAAUCUUCAACUCUCGGUGCACGGAAACCUACUCGGAGACCUACUUCGAAAAGGGGGUUCUCGUUUGACGACGGUGAAAAGUGUAGCGAAGUGUGAAAAGCCAAGAAAAGCAGCAACCAUCGACAUCGAUUCGCCGCUCUUUGUUGCUCUAGUUAUCGUGUGAAAAGUGCAGAAAGUGACCAUGUGAAAUUCAGCGAUCAGUUUGAAGGAAUACAGUUCUGGUUAAAGAAGUGCCCAUAAAUCAACCCUCAAUCCUUCCGGCAGUCCGGGAACUCCUUCUCAGCUAGGCCAAGUUGGCCUUGGUUUGGUUGUCUCAGACAACGGACGCCUAGUCUAGUGUGCAGUGUGUGGUGCCCUCGAUCGAGAUCGGCAUAAGGUGGUCGUGAGCUGCCCAUUGGGGCACUAGAAUUACUCACGAUCAUCCACCCCGGGGACGUGGGGUAAUGCACCUUAUAGCGACUUGGCCGUUCGAGUUGUGAGCUGCAACAGCUGCAUUUGGAUUGCACGAAACACGAACAAACAAAUGUUUUUACACAUUACAGCAGCAUGGUACUGUUACACGAUUACAGCAGCAGGCGCGGCUCGGUAGGAUCGCAAUCGCGCAACCUUCGGAUGACGGUUUUGAAAAAUUUGUUCAAAAAGAUGGCCCUCGUGAAGUCACUCGUGCGGACGCUGCUCCUACUGUUCUUCAUCGGCAGCGUGCUGCUUCUCAUCUACUGGAGAGACAGUAGCUCCGAGUCGUCCUCCAAACCGUCCACCACGUUCGCGCUGGGCAGCUUCAACACGCACAUCGUAACGGGCGGCAGCCUGGCCGGCCUGGCGACCGGGGAUAGCAAUGCGCGAAUCACCGACACUCCGAUAAGCCCCAUCGAACGCUCGUGGACGUACAAGUGUGUGAACAAUCGCUGCGUUCGGCAUCAUUUCGUGGAUGGCGUCGAAGAGAACUUUGAUAGCAACAAUCUGCACGCGCAAUCGGCGCAGCAACAGCAACCGCAUGCCAGCGGGAGUAGCAGCAGCAGCAGCACCACGUCGAAAACGGCCGGUGGUAAGAGAAUACCGUACCAGACGUGCGCCAUGACCUGCGGUCCGAUCAACAUCUGGCCGCAGCCAACCGGAGCUACGACGAUCGGUAGUAAGACAUCCCGCUUCCGACUGUCCGACAUGCGGCUCAAGGUCAAUACGGCGGCUGGUUUCGAAGCGGUCGAACGGCUCCUUCACGAAGCGUUCGAUGUGUUUCGUGCCGAACUGCGUGGCAUACUGGUGGCCCGUGGUGCAACACUCGAGGAGAUCGAAGGAGCAAUGCCGGCGAAUGCGAUUCCACCGGAGCUACGGAACGGUAUGGCUGGUGGUGCCACGGUAACGGUCAAUGAUAAUGGUGAUGAGGCGGCUGCCCAUGAUGGUGGUGAGGGUGCUGGACUGCCGGCGAAUGGCCAAUCCGCGAAGGAGAAGCACAAAGUUAGUACGGGAGGAAACUUACAUUUCUUUACGCUGGUUAGUGAUAAGCGGUACGAUGUGGACACUGUUGAGGUGAGCCUGCACGUGGAGAAAUCGGCCGAAACCUACUUAACGCUGCACACCGAUGAACGCUACAACAUGAGCGUAACCCAUUCGGCGCGUGUACUGCGGGCAAAGAUCUCUGCGCAUUCCUUCUUCGGAGCGAAGCACGGUUUGACGACGCUCCAGCAGCUAAUUUGGUUCGAUGACGAGGAACGUACGCUAAAGAUGCUCAACAAAGCCUCGAUCGAGGAUGUGCCAAAGUUUAACUACCGUGGUUUGAUGCUGGACACUUCUCGGCACUACUUCUCGGUGGACGCGAUCAAGCGCGCGAUCGUGGGAAUGUCACACUCCAAGUUGAAUCGUUUCCACUGGCACAUUACGGACUCGCAGAGUUUUCCGCUCGUCUCGAAACACUAUCCACAGCUGGCACGCUACGGAGCAUACUCGGAGCACGAGGUGUACACACCGGACGAUGUGCGGGAGCUAACGGCAUUUGCGAAGGUGCGCGGCAUACAAAUCAUCCCCGAGAUCGAUGCACCGGCACACGCAGGCAACGGUUGGGACUGGGGACCAAAGCAUGGCCUAGGCGAGCUGAGCCUCUGCAUUAACCAGCAACCGUGGAGUAACUAUUGCGGUGAACCACCGUGUGGACAGCUAAAUCCCAAAAACAACAACACCUACCUGAUCCUCCAGCGGCUGUACGAGGAGCUGCUCGAGAUUGUCGGUCCGCUCGAUUACUUCCAUCUUGGUGGCGACGAGGUGAACCUGGAGUGCUGGCAGCAACACUUCAAUGACUCCGACAUGCGGGCACUUUGGUGCGAUUUCAUGCAGCAAUCAUAUCACCGGUUACAGCUGGCGGCGGGAAAGAACGCUUCGAUUCCACGAACGGCAGCCGUGUGGUCGAGCGGAUUGACGAGCUUCCCCUGUCUGCCGCGGAACGUGUUUGCGGUGCAGGUUUGGGGUGGGAGCAAGUGGCCCGAGAACUUUCAGCUUAUUAACGCCGGCUACAAUCUGGUGAUCUCGCAUGUGGACGCCUGGUAUCUGGAUUGUGGAUUUGGAAGCUGGCGAUCAACCGGCGAGGCCGCCUGCUCACCGUACCGUAACUGGCAGACGGUGUACAAGCAUCGACCGUGGGACGAAAUGAAGCUUACCUCGCUACAGAUGCGCCAGAUCCUUGGUGGAGAGGCGUGCCUAUGGACGGAACAGGUCGAUGAAUCCAUACUAGACUCACGCCUUUGGCCUCGCGCAUCCGCCCUAGCCGAGCGACUGUGGACGGAUCCGGUUGAGGAGCGGUACAGCGAUACGGUACCGCUCGAGGUGUACAACCGAAUGUCGGUGUUCCGUAACCGUCUGCUAGAGCUAGGGCUGAAAGCGGAACCGAUAUUCCCGAAAUAUUGUGCCCAGAAUCAGGACGAGUGUGUAUGAUAUUACGCCAAUCCGUUCUACUAAGCCUACUAAAGGCGAGGGGAUAAAUGGAAAGAAUGAUUAGUGAUGAGCAGCACCCCUGAUGAGGAUGACAAUGAUGAUAAUGACGAUGGUUUGCGUGGAAUACGCUGAGGUUGUGAUACUAUGACCAUAGGACUGCGAUCCUACGGUAUUCCUUAUGAAUGUUUUCUUUUUUUUUUACGGAUCAUCAUGGAACCUGAACUACACAGACUACACACACUAGUGAGUGAAACGGUCGGACCUAGUGGUCUUGGGUGUGGCGGUACCCGAACAAAGAGCAAAGAAGUGAGAUUAAGAAUUCUACUGAAGAGCAAUCUAUACCUAGGCGCAGUUAGCGAACAACUCGUGUGGCCUGAGCGAAAUUGGUGUGUUGCCUGAUACUUAUGGCAGGAAGCUUCGAACGGAUAGAGUGAAAAGUUGUACAUAAUACUAUGAGAACGAUGAUGAGGGGCCCGGAGCUCAACGGUAAACCACAGGCCCCAAUGAUACGGUAGCUACUUAUACGGAGGUUUCACGUAGCACUCUAGACAUCAGCAUUGACGCGUGCAAGGGGACGAGGAGAAUUUUUCAACAAAUUGAGAUUCACAAGAAUUCCUUUUAUUCUCCCACACUCAGCCACCUCUUUCGCUCGCUCUCUACCAGUCUCUAUUAAAAUUGUGUCACUCAGUAGAUGAAUAUAAUUGGGGUUUUUUUUUAAUGGCGAUAAAAGUAUUUAAUUUCUAGAACAAAAAUGAAGAAGACUUUGAUUGUUUCGGAGCAGAUUGAGCUAGUUCAACGGCCGACGCGAUUGGUUGUACUUAAGUACAUCCUCCGGAUAAUGGAUAACGGACAGAAUCCUGUGUUUAUGAUUAGGCUGCUGCGCCCGUAGCUGAUUAAAACGAGAUUAUUAGUAGGCUUUGAUCACGUUAGCCUUAAACCACACUCGGUUAAACAAAGUACGAGAAAAAAGAGAAUAGAAAAACUAGAGAGACCAAGAGAUAGAGAAAGAAAGAGCUACGACUGCGAGCUUCGUCUUCGUCUGCGACCGCGUAUGGUGCCUCGACGCGGCCACAAAACAUGAAAAUUGUAUUUCAUAAUUAACACCCUCACACGCAUACACACAUACACUUGAUGACCUGUAGAAGGAUUUCGUACCUUUUUAGUGUUCACUACUGUUUCGUUUGAACUUUGCAAUAUUAUCUGUGUAACGCUCCCGUAAUGCAAAGUGUUUAUUUUGACCGUGUUACUACGAUGUUUACCUUCCUGUUUUAGUGGAUUAUUUAUCCGUUAAGCAAAACGAUGCCAUAAAAGAGUCGACAUGACGACCACCGUGGUCCGGCCACCGGUCACCGGUGUUUGGUGUUUUCCAUUUGCCAACCCGGGUGUUCUCAAUCCCCUAUCGCACCGCUCCCCUCUAUACUCGUCUUUACUAUUCUAAGUGCACACACUGUAGGAUAUUUAGCAGCAAGAACAAUGUUAUAUAGUUAGUGAAACAAAGGGAAGCUGUAAUGGUAGGACACACACACACAAAACACAGACAGGCUGAAUGCGUUAUUUGUUUCGUCUCAUUCAUCAACGACCAAAAAUAUAUAGGCCAGGAUGAUAUGGUUGCCUGGGGAGCGUUGCCUUUCUUUCCGUUGGAUAACUUUGUUACGAUAAAUACAAGCGGUAGUAGUUCACUCGGCAUGGUGUGGUGUACUAUAUAGGCAAAUCUAGCCUGGAACUAGAAAAUGCUACCAAACAUGGACCAGCCAUUCAUAAAACUCUCACUCAAUAACACAUACGGGCAGUGCUUUCCCUCUACGAUGGGACACUAUCGCCUACUAAGAGCGAUUACGGAUGCAGUAGAGUUGCUGGAUGAUAAACGGAUAACGGAGUGACACUGAAUCGAUCCUCAACCCCAUUAACAACUUGCAAACUAUGAGCACUAAUUUUAGGUAAAACUUUGUUAAACUUGUUCUCUUGACGAGGACGAAAAGGUAUAUAUUGGCAUUACUACGACUAAGGCUGCGCGUGAAGUGAUACUCUUCCGAUGAUGCUGACGAGCUUUUGAAUGGCGGAUAAUAACGGUAGAAAGGAGCUGUGCAUGUGGUCAUAUAUAAGCUGGGUUUCAUUUUCAUUAUCGUUUUUUGUUUGUUUUAUUGCUAAUCGCGCGUUACCUUACGUGCCAGUUUGUUGGUUGUUUGUUAGUUGAAUCGAUACAAAACAAAAAAAGAACAGAAGUACAAUGAGUAGGGGUUUCUCUUUCACUUUUUAUUUUAUUUCAUUUGUAUAUCAUAAACGAGAGAAUCAACCCUUCCGCUACUGCCUCGGUGACGCACCUGGGCGGAGUGAAUAAUUUAUGCUGACUAACAAGCCUUAGCCGGCACGCUAAAGAGAUGGAUAGGGUAGGAAGGAUGAGCGAUACCUUCCGGUGUAGCGAUUGAACGAUAUUUCUCAUUUAAAAAAUGCUAAACGAGUGGCUCUCGUGUGCGCUCUCUCUCACUCUCUAAUGAAAUUGAUUUAUUUUUACUAGUAAAAGAUAGCGAAAUAAAGAAACGAAAAUGAUUCAAUCA